UAACUUUGACUAUGCGAGACAGCCAUAGAAACCCUCUCCCCGAGUCUCCGUUUCUUCGGCCGUUACCUUCUUCUUCUCAGCGACCAAAAACCGAACACCUCGAGGCCGAUCUCGAUCUCCUCCAGUGUCGCCUCCACGCCGAAAUCGAAUGGAUUUUCCCAAUGGGGGCCUCUUCCUCCUAAGGCUUCUCCUCCUUUUCGGCGCCUUGGCGGAUCCGGCGGCGGCCAUCCGGUUCCCCGAGCGGAUCCCGGAAUCUGGCCGCCGGCAGCUGACCCAGCCCCUCAGGGUCGCCGUCUUCGCCCUCGGGAGCUUCUGGCGGUCGGAGGCCACCUUCGGAUGCCUCCCCGGCGUCGUCCGGACCUCCGUUGGGUAUGCUGGUGGGACGAAGACCAAUCCAGGGUAUCCGAAUCUGGGGGACCACGCCGAGUGCGUCAAGGUUGAAUAUGAUCCCAAAGUGAUUCAAUUCAAGCAGCUUUUGGAUGUCUUCUGGGCUAGUCAUGAUCCUAGGCAGGUCUUUGGCCAAGGACCAGAUGUAGGUAACCAGUAUAGAUCAAUUAUAUUCACAAAUGGAACCCUAGAGGCUAGGUUAGCUGCUGCAAGCAAAGAAAGGGAACAAACCAAGAGUCGGAGCAGUAUUGUGACUACACAAAUCCAACAAAUAGGAACAUUCUAUCCUGCUGAAUUUGAACACCAGAAAUUUGAGCUGAAGCGUAACCGAUUUCUCCUGCAAUUGAUUGGAAGCAUGCCAGAAGAGGAACUUAUGACAUCAAGCCUAGCUGCAAAGUUGAAUGGCUAUGCUGCUGAGCUUUGCCCUCCAAGAAUCCAAAAGAAGAUUGAUGCCAAGAUUGAUGAGAUACUAAAAAAUGGUUGGCCUAUAUUAAGGGAGGUUUAGAUGUGUUGGGGCAAGGGAGCUUUGGUGUGAUGAAUCUUGUCACAUUAGUGUCUAAAGUCUUGUAGCAAACAGCCAUUAGCUUGUAGCAGGGUGAGGGUGGGAAUUGGUGUUGCAUGGUGUAUGUUUAGAUGGUUUUGGGUGCUGAUGAUGCUGACAUCUCCUUCCUUUCUUUUGUAUCUAUUGUUUAUUUGCAACAUUCUCUCUCUUGAGUGUAAUGAACCUGCUUCAGAUUUGUUUCUGGCUGA